AUGUGUCGAAGUCACAAGACAGAUGACGAUGCAUCUGUUGUGACUUAUUUUUCUGUAGCUUUUUGAACUGUAAUUAAAACGAAGGCUUUGAAAUUGUUUUGAGCAACUCGAAAUACGCCUGUUUAAAAUAAAAUAAAAAUUGAAACGUCGAAGCGAGAAUUGAACCACAUGUUUAGUAACAGUUCUCUUUAAUUUGAAAUAAAAUGUAUAAUAUGUAAACAGAGUCGGCAAACAAUAAGGGCCAAAUGGUUUUAUACAGAGUUGAGUCGGUGGAAACUCGUCAUAGACUGUACAGAAAACCAUCAAUAGGAUCAAAGCAGGAGUUUAGCACUAGUCAUUGAUAAUUUUAUAUCAGCAGCUACCACUUAUUAGCUAAAACAAAACGUCUAAAAUAUCUAAUUUAUAUAAAAUGUUAUUAUUAAUAUCAUAAAUGUUUAUCACUACAGACACGAAAACAAGAAAAAGAAUAGAGAUUAAAUCCCUACAAGAAAAUCUAGGAAAGUUGCAUGUACAUGAUUUCAUAAAAAUAAUCUAACUUAACUUUGGUAAAAUCCUUCCACAAUAGCUAGUUUUAUUAAUGUUUCCGACUUCGAAUCGCAAAGAUAAUAGCUGAGAUCAUCUUUCUAAAUUGCAUAGUUUUUACACGAUGAACGUGGCUUUCCUUUAAACUCUAGAGAUCAAUACAUCUAUUUUGCGUUACGAUAAAAAUGUCUAUAAUAAAGUAUUUACAUACUUACAAUACAUAUUAUAAUGUGAUAUACUGGAUAAUAUUCAUUGACGAAAUAUGCAUUUAAUCGUGUUUUAUACCUAGGUGUCUAAAAUGUGUCUUAUUUCCAUGUACAUUUUGUUUCUGCCUACUAACAACUUUUCUAUCAACAAAUCGUAUGAAUGACGGAAGCAUUUACAGUAUUUCCGAUUACAUUAUUUUUGAUUUUGUUUUUUUCUUAUAACUCGAUUAAUCAUAAUCGUAAAGAUCUAAUAUUUUCUCAUUAUACUAAUUAUAAUAUGAGUCUUUUCUAGUAUUUUAUAGAAAUUAUAUAUUUUCUAAUUUUUUCAAUUUCUAUUUGAUACAUUAUAUUUGGAUAAAUUAGUUUGACCCAACACAAAUACUUAAACAUUUAACACGAGUUUCAUCAUCAGUUAUAUUUAUUAGUAAGGUUUAAACCUAAUGUAAUAGUUAAAAAAUUAAAUUUUGACGAAAAUCGUUAUAAUUAUAGUAUACCAAAAUAUGUAUAACCGAACAUAACUGCUCAAAGUCGAUUAUUAUUAAUAAUGUUUUGUCGUUGUAUACAGAUAUAAAUAAAAUAUUUGUAUUUAUUCUACCUAUCAAACUUAUAGUUUUAUUAAUUUCUGUUCUUUUUUAUUACUGCAGGUGUCUUGGAUAAGGCAUAGGGACAUACAUAUACUGACAGUUGGCGCGUACACAUACACCAGCGACCAAAGGUUUCAGGCCAUCCACCACAGAUCGCAUUCGGAUCAAUGGACGUUGCACAUCAAGUGGGCCCAAAAGAGAGACGCGGGCAUUUACGAGUGUCAAGUGAGCACGCAGCCAGUGAGAAGCAUAUUUGUCACGCUAAAUGUCGUUGGUGAGUAUAUGUAAUAAAAUAUAUAUAUUGUUUUUUAAACAAAAUUUCUUCGUUUAUAUAUCGAUUUUGUCACGCAGUAGUGACUAUAAGUAGCGAACACAGAGGAGGAUUUUAGGGGGUUCCAUAAAGAGUACAUUAUUGAUUUUUAACGUUAUAUGAGUGUGAUAUUUUUUCAACAGCCCCCUUCCCUAUAUGUUAUAAAGGUACUCUAUUUACAGAGUCUUCCAAAAUUCAUGUUACAGGUUUUCAUGAAUUUUCCAUGAAAUACUAAUUUUUCCAAAAAAAAUUACUUAUGUAAAUAUCUUUUGGUAUCAUGUAUUCUAAUUUUUUACAUUGAUUUGCAUUUCUUUUAGAUAUUCGAGAAUCCACUAUCCACUUUUGAUUUUAAAAUAUCAAUGUAAAUUGCAAAUUUCAUAAAUAUAUGAAAAUUUAGUUUAAAUACAUUUGGUGUUAAAAUGUUUAAUUUUUGUCGAUCCGUUAACAAGCUAUUUCAUUUUGAAGUUUAAAUAAGGAACAAUAGUGGAACACUAUUCAAAUACCACACACGCAACAAUACAAACAAUGCUCUAUUUCCUUACUCCUACCCAACAAAUUUCGACACUAAAAUGUAUUUAAACUGUAAUUCUAUCUAUCUGUGUAAAUUUCAAUGUAAAUUAAUAUUCGAAAAUCAAAAAUAAUUAGUGGUUUUUCUGUUAAAAAUAACGGUAAAUAAAUAAGAGCAAUUUAAUAUUUUAGAAUGUUCUACAAUUUCAAAAAGUUAUUACAUAGGAAAGUAAUUUUAAAAUAUAUUUAUUUAAUUCGUGGACCACUUGACCAUAACAUACCGUUUUUGAUACUCUUAUAUUCCCGAAUGAGCAAAAAAUCGAUCUUUGGGUAUGAAUAUUUUUUUUUUAAUUUAUCGCCGCGAUAUUUUAGACGAAAGACCACCGACUCCAGAGACUGACAGUAGUUCGCUGUUAGACAUGAUGAUACGAGACGGAGACUUUACAAAAGGUUUUUAUUUGAAUCGGAUUUGAUGUGUGCGAUUUUUAUUUGAUGUUAACAAACGUUUGCUCCAUAAACUAACUUUGAUUUAUAAUAAUAAAAAUAGAAUGUUAGGUGUAAAUUAAAAACAGUGUAUGCUGAGAGAAAAAAAUUUAACGAGAUAUACAAAAACAAAAAUAAAACUUAGUUAUAUCGAGAAUUGGCGUUUUUAAAAAAAAUCAAAAGGAUAAAACUAAUCGUAAGAUUUUUUUAUUUUUCCACUUCAAAAAUUAAUGCAGCCAACUGGAUUAUUUCCAAAUAUACGAAAGAAAUAAAAGUAAAAACUCAUGUUUGGUUAUUUUUUUUCGAAGUAGUUAAGCACGUUAUUUUAUAAAUAUGUUCAAUGUCUGUAUUUUUGAAAUUUUAUUUUCCUAAAUAACUCGGGUAUUUUGAUGCUAAAAUGAUUUUUUUUUUUCUAUGAAUUUUAGCCUAGCUUAAAAUCUAUAGUUUAUAAUUUAUGGCUAAAAUAAAUAAAUUGUUUUAUUAAAACGCACAAUUUAGUUGCAUAUAUUAAAAUAUUAUUAUUAAAAUCGGAAAAACUGAAAAAAUGUGUAUGUAUUGAAAGCGUAUAAUCGUUUUACGUGCGAUUUGCUGUUAUAAACAAUACGAAGUUUAUGGUUACGUAAAAGACCGAGUUCAUUGAUGUUUCCAGAUUCGAUAAGGGGAAAUUUUCUGCACUUGAAAUCCAAAACGCGUGAGGUUCUUUCCAGACCGAUGGGCCGGAGAAAGCCAACCGUGUAAUUACAUACUGUGUGUUGGCUAUCGACGACGGGAAAAACUUUACCGUGUGUUAGUAAUUCAAGAUUUCGAGUUUUCGCUUUUUUUGUAUUUAUAUAUAUAUAUAAUUGACUCGUGUUUUUUAGUGUGCGGGGAGCGGACUCGCGUAGUCCGUUAUUUUUUUUUUCUUUUUAAUGGAAAAAAAGAAAUAAUAGUAACAGUAAUAAUAAUCUCUCGACGUACCUAAAAAAUAUAUGGCCGUUUGCCGGACCGCUUCAAAGUGCACUCAGUCGUGUUAUCAAUUAUUUAAAAGAGAAAUUUACGUCGAAAAUUUUUGGCUCCUUCGUAUGCCGGUUAAAAAUAAAAAAAAUAAAAAUAUUGCUACGUGUCAACAUAUUUUUUUAUGUACGAUGACCAUACCUACUAGCUACGCGUUGUAUAACAAUAAUUUAAAAAAUUUUAAUUGUGAUUAAAUUUCCAGAAAAAAGGUUGCAUAAAUGAAUAUAAUAUUAUAGCGGCCGGUUACAUAUUGCAACAUAAACUCGAGGACCGUUAUCAGAUGUUCGGGUGAAAAACUGAAUUUCGUUCUGGCGCUCGUAUGCGACCACAACCGUAUGGCGUUAUUAAUAGAAGAUAAAAUGUGUAUAAAAAUUAGACCGCUAGAAUAAUGCCAUAAUUAUUGUCAUGAAAAAAAAAAAAAAAAAAAAUCGAAAUUCCACAAUGAUAAGUCGUCUUUCCCUAUCAUACUGCUAUACCAUCGUAAUCAUAAAUAUUAUAUGGAACUGUUGAAAAAACUAUAGGAAUAUGCUCCGAGAGGGAGGCAAGGCAUAGCAUUUCCUCCCCCCGACUUUUCAAAGUGUGUAAAAUUUAAUGUGGUUAUAAAAAAAGAAGGCCAUCAAUAUAAAAACAUUAUACACGAUUAUCUAUUGGUUGAAAUACAUAUUUUUAAAACGUGGCAAAUUUCCUACAUACUAUAUUCGAUCAUACAAUCGCACAGAAAUUCAGAAAUUAAAAGGUGUUUUAAAUAUUAUGCUAAAAGACACAUAAAUAUUUUAUCCAUCAGUAUUCCCGGCAACAACUUGUACUACUGAACGGUCUUUUCGCACGUUGUGAAGGGUUAAAAUCUGCAGGGUACUAUUGGAUGAAAACAUAUUUAAAUCAUUUUAAUCUGGCGAUCCUUUUUCUCAUUUUUUUCAUCAAUAAAAGAGAGUAAAUUUGGUAAAAUUUGAUGACCAUAGCUCUUCUGAACAAAUAUUACUAAAUAAAAUACUUAAUGAAGUAUUUUAAAAUGAUUUUUAAAUUUAUAAGAAACUUAAUUAAUUUAAUUUAAAUUAAAUUAAUUAAUGAAUUAAUUUUGUAUAGAUAAUUGAACGUUCUGUAUUAAAGGCCUGGUACAUUUUUCUAUAAAUGUUACAGUUUUUUAAUAAAAUCGAAAAAUUGUCAAGCUAAUAUAUUUUGGUCAUUUUUCAUCCCCUUUUUCGACACGUGAAAAAGUUGAGAGCUAAUUUCACCCAAAAUUACUCUAUAAUAUUGACAAACGAAAUAGUAGGGGAUAGUACUCGAUAAAAAGAUUCUAACUUUUUUCUUCUUCUAUAAAAUAAUAACCACCCAUGGAAGUAUAUUAUAAUAAUUAUUAUUAUUGACUUAAAGCGAUCACACCGCUGUAUUUUUAAAUUUUGAAAACCAUUUCAAAGCUAUUGGAAUUUUGUCGUUCCUAUAUUAUCAUAAAAACGAUCAACUUUAUUCAUUGCACAUUAUCAAGAGCCAACAAUCAUUUUAACGAGAUAAAGUUUUAUUAUAAUAGUGUUAUACAAAUACCGCGUAUUCAGAUAAAUUUUAAGUACUCUCCAGCCCCCUUAUUAUCGUUGUAUUAAUUUCUUUAUUAAAAAUGUGGUGUAGAACAUGGCCCAUUAUAUAAUUAUUAUAACUUAAUGAGUAUUUGCAUAUAAAAUAGAUUUUAUUUAAUGAAUAUUUUUAUAAGAAAUGGUUUCGAGCGCUUUCUUCAUGUUAUUUUUUUUCAUACAUAUUUGUCCAUCUCCAAAAGCAUUUCACUUUUUUAUGGAAAAUUCGGUUAAAACGCUUUGGGGAAGAAUUGUGCUCACACCCGAAUAUUGUCAUUUAAUACGAAAUAUGAAUUUGUUUUGUUGAAUGCCGGGAUUCCUCGAUUGGAUUAAAAAAAAAUAAAAAAACCUUCUCUUAUUCUUGUAGUGAUAUAUGUUAAAAUUUAUCAAAACAGUCGCUUAUUACUUGAUUAAGCCAUAAUAACACAAUGAAAAGCCCGAAUGUAAAAUGAAAGAUUUCCAAAAGUUGAUGUAAAAAGUGUUAUAUAUUAGUGUUUUUUUUUUUUUUUUUUUAACACAAUUUAUCUAUUAAAUGUUGAUUAUAAUUUAAUUUGAUCGUACCGUUGUCCAUUAAUCGAAAUAAUAUUGUUAUUUUAAAAAUUAAUAAAUACUUGAAGAGUUAUGGUAAGUGGUUUUCCUCAGUUAUUUUUUUAAAUUGUAUUGCAUUCGGCAAUUUUAAAAAUCGUGACCUUCCUGGAUAAAGUAGGUUGUCGUAGUUGCUCUGUACGUAAACACAUUUACCGUGAAAAUUUAUCAGGACAGUUAAAAGGUCAAUGGAGACGAAAAAAAAUCGCAAACACACGGUCGUAAAAUCUAAAUAAUAUUAUAGUUUCGACAAAAAUUCAGAUUGGAACUCGAAUGCAACAGCAUAAAUAUUAUAUAUUAUAGUAUAUUUAAGCAAUUUAGCUGGUCAGUAGAGGCGACGAUUGUGUUAAAAUAUUUACUCGGGAAAUCGCUGUGGUUUAAAAAACAAGACCGUGACCUAAAAUUGCUGAACACACCCAAGAUCGUAAAAAAUAUAUGUAUAUAUAUAUUAUAUAUUUUAUUUUUUUCAGUUGUGAAUCCGUUUAUGUUAUUUAAAUACUUAGAGGAGCUCUUUUAGUGGAAUUAUUAUUACCGGCACAAUAUAAUAGUAACAUAUAACUGUUUACGUGUGUAAACGGUUCAAUUAUUCAGUUUUAAAACAUUAUAAAUAUAUUUCGAAAAUAGUUAUUAAACAUUGAUAAAAUGGUUUUGAUUGGGAUAAAAAUCUAUCCAUUUGAUAUUUCGCCUCGUCACCCGAAUGCAAAUUCCACUGAGUCUAUAGCGUUAUCAAAAUAUAAUAUAAUCAUGUUAUAAAUAUAAAUUUUUAUUAAAAUACGGCCUCGUUUGUUUUUCCGCAAGUUUCGAUGGUCAUUCAACAAAUACAAUAAUGUUUCCUGCAAUAUUCUCGACCGAAUAAUUUCUUCAUUUCAAUUAGUUGGCAGCUGCUCUCUCCAGGUUCCUCUAUCAAAUCUCAAAUCCUUCGCCGAUCGAUAAAUUCUCACUGUCGGAAAAAUCGAAAUAAUUAUUUUCACUUUAAACAUAGUAUAAUUAACUAUAACAUAUAAUAUUGCUAUAGGACUAAAAUUUAAGUAGUUAAUACUAUAUUUGUAUACUUAUGUAAUUAUAGUUUAUAUUAUUAUUUAAUUAUUAUAUAUUCGAAAAAUAAAAACGCAAAAUCUACGAGCAUGUUACGGAAUUCUCAGCCUGGUAUCUAUAUAGCCUAAAAAAUUUCGGGGGGAGUCCACAUUUUGUUUUGUUACCCUGUACUCGUGAGUAUACUGACAAUUGUUUACAUUACAACAGUUUUAAUACACACGUGUUCCAGUGGGAGUUGAAACACAAAUAAAAACAUUUCAACGACUAUACAUAGCUUGUUUGAAAAAAAAUUCUAUAGGUACAAAAAAGUUAUAGGUAGUAGCUAUAUAAAAAAAAGCACAAACGUGGCUGUAACUGACAAUUUUUUAGACAAAUCUACGGAGGUGUAACACUUGGAAAUAGUUUUCUCUUUAAACUUGUUUUUUUGUGUUUUCAAACUAUACAACCUCUAUUUGAACGCCACAGUUUACGUUCUGAGUAACGUCAUUUUAGCUUUGCUAUACGACUAAGAGAGUAUAUAGUUGCGGAUGUGGCGUCUUCGAAAUAUUUCCCCGUCUGUCGUCACGGCCACGAAAAUGCAGUUUGCUGCCGUGUAUACGUCGUCAUUGCAGAUGACCUACAAUAAUAAUAUUAAUAAUAUGGCGGUUGACCACGGGACGGAUGUUUAUUAUUCAAAAACCUUUUCGCGGAGGGAUCGCGAGGCUGAACAAUAUUUUCUGACGGCGCCGUCUCUCUUGCCAUUUACCAGUGGGGAAGAGUGAGUGGAAAUAGGGGAGGCGGUACGUUUUUGCGAAGGUAUAUUGUUGUGCCGGGACCGCGGGAUAGCGCAAAGGCCAUCAUCGUAUAGUCGAGACUAAUUAUAGCGGCUCUUCGCUAUUAUUAUUAUAAUAAUACGACAGCCGAAAAGCACGGGCAUAUAAUAUACUUGGGUACGUUGGGGUAUUAUUACGUAGGUGCACGCUGCUUGUACUAUUUCGACUGUGAUUUAUGUGCAAUCCGCCGACGGGAGCGGCGCGCGUCUUACGCUCUCGACGCGUCACACCGGAAAAGCGUUCCGAGAGUCACUCGACUACCCCGUCCGGUACAAUGUAUUAUAUUAUAAUGUAUGUAUAUAUAUAUAUAUAUAUAUAUUUGUUUUAAUACGUUAUAUAAUAUAUAUAUAUAUACAUAAUGUAAAUACGAGUACGUUGUUUUCCCGAAGAUUUUCACCUCAGUGGCGACAAAACAACAAUAAUAACGACCGCCAUAAUGCACAUAGGUGUUACACAAUAAUAAUAUUAAUACAAUACGCGACUGCCGCACACCGGUGUAUCGUGCGAAUCCGAAACAAUGGAAAACUUAUUCGCGUUCACCGCUGUAGAGAUUUUUUCGCGGGCAAUGCACGUUUUCGACAUGUCAUCCCCCGCCGAGUUGAUAAUAUUUUCGCGAAACGCAUUACCUGUUGCGUGAAUUUAUAUUCAAUAACAGAUAUACGUAUAGACCGUGCGUUAUAGGAAAAUAUAAUUUUGAUCAUAACAUACAAUACGAUUAGGUGUGUUUGGGAGAGACAGGCCGUUAACUAAUUUGACACGAAAAUAUUGAACAAUGAUAACGGUUACGUUGACGCGAAAAAUCGCAUAGAUUAAAUAGAUGACCCUUACUAUGUAUGAAAAUUCACCAUAAAUUCAAAGAAUGUUAAUAUCAAUAAUUAAUUCCUACCUCAAUUGUUAUAAUCAAUGCAAUGAUAAUAAUAUCAUUAAUAUCUAGUAUUGACGAAAAAAUAAACUACUAUAGGUCUUUUUAAGACUCACUCCGACAUAAUAUACCGGUUUCAACGUGGUACUUAAAAUGAGCCUAAUGCUUGGCCUUUCUAUUAUAAAACUAUGGCCUGUUAUUCCGGUAACCCCAGACUGCCGCAUCGUCCUCUCGACCGUAUAUCAUAAUAUGACCGCUUCACCAGCCUCACAAAUCUACGAUGUUCGACCGUUCGAGAAGAAAAAUCGUGAACAAAUACUACAAAACUUUGUCCCUCCUGUCCAUUUUAAACUUUUGCUUGAUGUAUUUAGAUUACAUUCAUGCUGAAUAAAAUAUCGGACAGAACCGCUCUCGUAAAUAUCGGAUAACUUUUAUUUAAAAAAAAAAAAAAACAAUAUGCAAAAGAUCUUACCCGGUAAAAUUGCUUCUAUAUCGUCUCCACAGCUCACUUACGUCACAAACCUCUUUUCGGGUUUUUUUUUUCUUCUUAUUUUCGACUUUUGCGUAUGUAGCCGUAUGUUUAUGUAUAUGUGUGUGUGUAUGCGUGUGUGAAUAACCGAAUAUACACGUAUAAGAAGAUAAUAACGUAUCGAACGUGAGAAUUAUCCCGCGCCGCAGUACCCAAGGGACGUAUAUAGUACCAAAAUGCAUUCUAUAGUAACACGAUAUCUCAUUUAAUUUUUUUUUACCGAAAGAACGGCCGAGUUUUUCAUAUUUAUUUUGUUCCCUUCUUAAUAUUCUCUCGUACUCUUUGGCCAGCAGGCGUGUGCGCAAAAAAAAAAAAAGAAUCGCCUUCGUGCGUACAUUUCAAUGUUUGCUUCAAAAUAUAUUUAUAUUCGGAUAACCCAAUGUGAAGGUCCCGGAAAACGCAAACCCAUCUACACGUGCAUAUAACGAGAAAUUUUCGAAUAUUUGUCACCUGUGUGUGUUGUGUGUGUGUAAGAGCUAUUUGACAUUUGAUAUCCAUUAUACGAAUAUUGACGAAAUUCGUUUGUUAAUAACGUGAAAUACGUGCGAAAUUGUUUACACACGAUGUUUCAAAACGUUAAACUGCGCGGGAUGAUAUUUUAUAGGUACAAAAAACGUACGAGAAAAACUUACAUGCUUGUUUAACAAUAUAAUAUGUUUAAUAACGCAAUUUCCUCCGAGGGAGUUUGGCGCAUUUUAGUCACGUUUUUCAAUUAGCCUUUCAACCGCUUAUACGUGCGUAUAUAAUAUUAUAUAUGAAUAAUAAAAAAAACAAUCAAAAUCGCUCGUAGUUGACUAUAAAAAUGCAUAAUAUUUAGGUGUUUCGAGCUUAUUUGAAUGUAUAGGUUACUUGUAUAUAAUCUUUUAUAUUAAACGUAUUAAUUAUAAUAGGGGACAUGUAUUAUUCGACAGUUAUAUUAUAAUUAUUGUUAUAUAAUUAAAAAAUGUACUGUAGUCAUUAUUGUGAAAUCGAAUUGAUGGACAACAAAAAGGACUGAGUUAGAGUUUCUUUCCGUAUGCCUGAUAAAGUAAAAAAUCAUCGAACGAUAGAGCAUAACCUCAUAAUUUCACUAUUUCUUUGUCUAGAGGCUCAAUCAUCUAAUCGAAAAUAAUCCUAAAUUUAUUAUGUGAGAAUUUGUCGAAGAAUGUUGAGAGUGUUAUCUUUAAAUCUUUCAUAAAUUGUCUGUAUUUCAGUUAUUCCUGGGAAGACUAGAUCGGACCCUGGGUAAAAUUUAAAAUCUAUGCUGGUUCCAGUUGAACUCGUGCCAAAUUCACUCUUAAAAGUCGCAUGUACAGAAACUAAAUUAGAACUGGACUACACUAAAAGUCAAAUUUGUCUCGAUAAUAUAGACUAUCACACUGUAAUGUCUAUGAGUUUUCACCAUUAAAAUAAUAUUACGCUAAAUAUCCCUGUCUUGGACCAUGUCUCUCCAUUUGACCAUUUCCAGAUUGCUUAUUCCUCUUCGAGAACGUUAAACUAUCUUUUCAUGUAUCUAUCGCGUAAUUCAUUUCCCAAAACAUCCAUUCUAGUGCUAAACUUUUUGGUUGCACACUUAAGUGUAUAACUAGUUUAAUAAUAAUAUGUAUUAUGUAUUUUUUUGUUUUUUUAUAAUAUAACCCACAUAUGUAUAUGCAAUAAUAAUAUUACAUCUUGUAGAUAUUUUGUGAAAAUUAACAGUGCGUACUAAAUGCUAAUCAUAACACAAUAACAGUAUUACUUAAAUAUUUUGAAAAACACGAUUUAAAGUUAAAAUGAUUUCUUUGUGUUGUAGUACCAUCGGCUUCUAUAUCCGGAGGACCGGAUAUACACGUGAACGAAGGAAGCACCAUAAAUUUAACGUGCAUCGUGAAAUUCAGCCCCGAGCCGCCGGCCUUCAUCUUCUGGUACCAUCACGAUGAGGUAUAUAUUUUUAAACAUUUGAGUAAAUUAGUAUUGAAAUUAUUUACAACCAAUUGGAAAACGAGGGUUUUUGGACAUGAAAUACUAGUGGUCAAAAAUCAUUUCAUCUCCAAAUUAGUAUUUUUAUAUAUUAUAUAGACUUACUAAAUAAUAUACAGUGCCUACGAUACAAUUUAAAGAAUAUUAAUUCGUAUAAAGAUUGACAUAAACUUUAAUAUUUAAUCAAAUAUUAAUUUAUAAAAAAAAAAAAAUAAGCUAUAUUGCUACUUUUUAUUUAUCUUGAAUUUUUUAUAUGGAAAGUUCGUUUCGUUCGAGCAAAUUGAAAAUCAAUACGCAUCAUAAACCAUGAAUAAAGUUGUUAGUUUUAAUUUUUAUUACAACGAUUAAAAAACUCUAUAAAAUCGCUUAGGACAAUAUCGACUUUUUUUCCCGUUUAACGCAAAAAUGUUUCGAUCAAAUUUCAUCCGGUUACAUACGAUAAAAUGUACAAUCUAUUUUAUUAAUCGGUAGCGUUUAUAUACAGUGAAAGAUUAGAAGUAUAUAUUUCUUAAAUUCGGUUUUUUGUAUUUUUUUUCUUUUUGUUUUUAUAAUUUUGAUUAGUAUUGAUUGUUUUUGAUUUAAAAUUUAUUUACUUUUUAGUUAGAAAAAUCAAAAAUGUAUUGGUACAUAGUUAAUAUUAUAAAGAUAAGCUAGGGUCCACAUUUUAUUAAUUAAAAUGAAAUCUAUCCAAUAACAAUAUUACACGUUUAUUUAAUAAUGUAUUCCUGCUGAUAAAGUAUCAUUUUUUAAAUUUUUUUUAGGCAAUUAUUGUUCUAAAUAUGACGUUUAUUUAUAUAUUUUUCUUUGCCCGUAAACAAGUCUUAUACCUACCAGAAAUCUCUCACCAAUUAAAAAAAAAAAAACAAGAGAUCUUUGAUAUUGUACUUUGAAUCUAAUUGAUGCGUUUUUGUUAUUAUUUAAUUUUUCUUGUAGUCUUCAAUAUGACUGGAAAAAUGUGGAAAAAUUGUAGGAAAAACUGGGAAAUUUUACGGAAAUAAUGGUUAUUCGUUACUAUCGAUUUUUUUGUAAACUGAUAAAAAAAAAUCUCUGAAACCUGGAAUUGCUACAGAAAACUUUUAACAAAUUAUCAUUUUCUACACGUGGAUAAAUAUUUAAUCAUUCCUGAUAAUUGUUGAGCUAUUAAUAAUAAUUUUAAUUUUUCAGUUUUAGUUUCAUUUUUAUUUUAUAUUAUAAAGAUAAAAUUAUAAUUAUUUGAAGCAAACAAAAACAUUUUAAAAUUUAACACGAUAAAUUUAUAAUUAGUUGUAGUUAAUAUUAAACAAAAUAUUUGGGUUUUUUUUUUUUUUAUAAGCAUUUAUAUUUUAAAUUUUAAUGAAAAUUAUAAAAAUUACGCCAUUUAAAAAUGUAUACUAUAAAACUUCUCUUGGGAUCGUUAGCUAUGAAUAAACUUUGAAUUUAUAUAUUAACUAAAUAAAUCCACGCGUAUCCUAUCCUCUCAACUUCUAACCUACAAGAAUGACACACCCAUAAGCUGUAUCAGAUUUGCUUUUUUUGUUUUUUAAAUUGACGUGGCUAUUAGUUUUUUUCUUAUUAAUAAAUUUGUUCAUAGUAAUUUUAUUACAUUCGAACACUGUAGCAAAGGCAGCAACGGGGUAAUUGGUUAAAAAAAAGUUCCGCUCGAUAAAUAUACGACCCGCAACUUUGAAAAAACACGUCAUCCGUCGCUGUAUAGUUAAUAUAAGUUAUAUAAUUUUUUUUAAUCUGUAACUACUAUAUAUUUAUAUAUUUAUGUAGGUGUAUAAUUUAUCCUUAGGAUUUUUUUUUUAAACUACACACCAAAGUGAUGCGUAUAGAUUUAUACUUUGACUGGUUUUUUUUUCUCAAUAUAUGCGUGGUAGUUAAAUAGGUUCUUUUCAAGUUAAAUCCAUCGCCUAUUUUGCAAGUUGAAAACGCCGUAUCCACACUUAGUGUAUUAAUUAUAGUAAAACAAAAAUUCCGGAAAACCAAAUAAUCAAUAAACGGCUACAUACUAUAUAAUAAUGCAUAUUAUAACUGCACAUUUUAACGACAGUUUUACCGUGACAUUUUCGUAUACGAUUCAUGUAUUAUUUUCAUGAAAAUGUCUAAGUGUCGUAAAUUUAUAGUUUUAUGUUAUAGCAAGUAUUGGUAUAAUUCAAAGGUGUUUUUUUUUUUUUCAUUUUUUUCAUUUAUUUUUUUUAUAUUCCAUAUCAUUAAGAAAUUUUAAUUUUACGUGCCUACCCACGAAGAUCGGAUUUUAUACUGGAUUUCUUCGCUCACGAAGAAUUGCACGCGCAUUGCGUUCUUCUUGCAAAGUGUUCUAAAAAACCAGUGGAGCUCUUGUUCUAUACGUCGUUGUCGUCGUUAUUAUUAUUGUUAGUAAAACAAAAGAUUGCAACAAAAAAAAAAAAAUCUCCUCUAGCAGUUUAAUUAUCUACCGUCGAGAGGAGGCCCGUAUAUUAUUUUAUUAUAAUACUGUAUAGUAGACUAUAUGUAAAGCGUAGUCUAUUUAAUUUUAGCAAUUGACACGCCUAACUUAUGAAGGUAACGAAAAAAAAAACACGAAUUUUUUAUCUAAUAAUUUUAAAGGUCUCGCUUUUUUAUAUUUUACUUCGAAGUCACAAUAGUACGUUAUGAUAAACAAUUUUUGGUUUAUUGUUUUAGAUUUAGCGAAGAAUCUAUUCGUUUUAUUAGGUAUGUGUAUGAGUGUGUGUGUAUGCGUUUUUUCUCAAAAAAACUUUUUCAGUUAGAAAAAAUAGUGUGAUUUUAUUAACACGACCAUUAAAGAAUAGACAUGGAUGGAUAUAUUUUUGCUCUGUGUAAUUGAAAAGUUUUUCCGAAUUCCCAACUUUUUUUUGGAAAUUUCAAAAAAAUAAACUGUUAAGAAUUAUCGAUAUAUUUUCGACCUAAUUAUCGUGGAUAUCUAUGUUACUAUAGAUGGUUACAUGACAAAAAUCACGACCUUUAUUGUAGCAUUACUAAUUUGCCAGACAUCACUCUGAAUUAUUUUUUGACUCCAGUGGUUUAUCGUUACUUCCAGUAUACAAACUAAAUAGCCGUAUAUCCUUUAAUAUAGGAUAUAUGAAACUUUGAAAGGUAUAGAGCCUAUAAAUUUCAAACUUUCUAUCUCUAACCAUAGCUUUAGUGCAAAUUAUGUCCGGUUUUUUUAUAUUUAUUGUUGAAAUUUCGAACGAAUUGAAAUUGGUGAUUUUUUUACUUUGAUUAAAAUCAAUAAUAUAAUAAUAUAAUAUUAUUUUUAUUAAGAUUAUAAAAUAUAAAAUACUUGCCGGCGUUCAGUGUAGGCAAUAUAGGUACAUAUGCGUCAGACUGAAAUUAUCUAACACAACGUGUUUGGCGGACUCGGAGUUGGUUGAAAGAAUAUUUUUUUAUUGUUAAUUUCUAGUAUUAAAUACUACAAACUCACAUAAUGAUAGUUACUAUUAUGUGUCAAUAACGACAGUUAUACUAUUUGAUAAUAUCAUAAAAUCAUAAAUUAAUUAACAUUUAUUAUAAAGGCACAUAAUAAUAUGUAGCAUUCGAACGGUAAUAGUUAAUAUUACUCUCAUAGUAUAACGAUGAUAACUAUCGACUAUUACUACGUAUACAUGAAAAUGUGAUAGUUUCUUAUUCACUAUAGUUCGAUAGUUAUUGAACUAUUACACGAAGAUUGUUAAACGUAAUAUUUGUUAUCACAGAAAAAAGACCACUAAUGCAAUACAUUUCAAUCACUAUCAUUUUGUGAGCACACCGUAAUUCUAGACGUGAUAGCAUAUGUUUAUUAUGCUAAUGUUAUUAAAUUCUAAUUAACAAUUUUCUUUUUGUACAUUGAGUAAAUAUAGUGCGAACAAGAUUUAAAUUGACAAAAAAUGUGAACGUCAAACUUCUUGACGUUUAUUUUAUGUUAAUACGAAAAAUGUUAAUGAUGUUGUCCACAAAAUAAUAGUAACAUCCUAUAGUAUCUAACAUGCGGGUAUUUAUCGUAACAGUGUGAAAAUAAAUAACAUAUGUUUUACAUGACGACAAAAUAGAUAGGUUUGGUCACGGUAUAUCAUGUUUACAUUCAUGCGCAUCUCUUUCACACCCAAGUCUAAUUCUUAUUUUUUUUCCAACACUUCCAGAAAUGCUUAUGUUGAUCAAUAAUAAAUGAAAAAUUAUGACAAUAGGUAGAGGUGAUGUGAAAAAAUAUUUGAAAAGUUUAAUUUCAUUAUUCGAUCGAUUUUAUGGCCUUAUUUUUGUAAUCUGAACCCCUGGUCAUCCUCCGAAAUUAUCAUAAUUGGAUUAGAAACGGUAUACGCUUCCUCGAUUGCGAAUCGGUGACAUUCUAGAAUUAAUAAUAACAAUUAUCAUUUUCAAUAAACAACACAUCUUCGCGUGCGUAUAAGUAGUAUAAAAAUAACAAUAAUAAUAAUAGUGACCCGAAUUUAAAUUAAAAAAUUAUAAUGCAUGGUGACACUGAAAACGACCGGAAAAAAAUAAAACAUUAAAUAUUAUAUGCGUAUUGUAUAUACCUGUGAGAUUAUUAUUACGGUUCGGUUUGUUUUCCAUGGAAAUUUAUCAUCAUCGGUAAAAGAUAAACAUGGUAUUUUUUUUUUCGUUUUUCCCCCUCGUCCUUCUUCUUCUUCUUUUUUCUUUUUUUCCUUGUAAAAAAACUUUCAGUCGUUUUUAUUUACGACCGAGCCCGGUAAAUACCUCGAAGGCGAUAGCAAUGUUAGAGGCACGCAAUCUCACAGCAUACUAUAAAUCUCGGAAUAAUUUGAAUUUGAUAUAUAAAAUUCUUAUCUGCCAACGUUUUUCGAACGACGACAAGAUCGACAAGAUACAUCGUUAUGCUCCUUAUAAUACAAUACACAAUAUUAUAUUAAUAUUUUCCAACAUUAUUUUAUAUAGCUGACGGCAGCGAAACCCAACCUUCAAUCGUGCUAGAGGGUGUCUCAGACCCUAGGAAAACGCAAAAACUUCGGGAUAAAUUAUAUUUAAUACGGAAUCAGAUUUCCCGUAUUAUGUCCCAGAAGUCCAGGUUUAUUACGUUGCAUUUGUUAUCGUUAUUAUGCUAUAACAAGAAUGCGAGUGGGACAGUCAAUGUACUUACUUCUGUAUAGAUUUCAAAUUGUUCAUAGUAUGUACCCUGUGAUCCGUUAGGUAGGUAAACUCAUUAUCUGGAAAAGAAUUAACUUUUUUCGACAAGUUUUCUAAAACAGUUAAGAACCAAAUAGCUAUAUAAUUUUAUAUUUAUGUUAUUUUUUUUUCACCUUAACUAUUAAGGAAAAAACCACUACCUACUUUUGAUUUUUAAAUGGCAACCUAUAAUAAAAAUUGCAUCAAUAUAUGAAUAAAUUAUAUGAGUUAAAAUAAAUUUGAGUGUUGAAAUUUUGUAUUUUUGUCAAGCAUUUGACGAGAUAUUCCAUUUUUAAUUUUAAGUUGGAGAAGAGUAGUGGUGCAUUGUUAACACGCCACGUGUAAUAUAGCUGUGACCGUAACCAUUUUACAUCAAUAAUAUAAAAAUUUAACUCUAGCUACCCAUGAGUGAUUUUUUUUUUCAUCCGAUUUGUUAAAAGAUACCGGAAAAAAAUUGUAUGUUUUUAUAACUAUACAAUAAUCGUCCAAAUUGGAGUGUUUAUUUUCACAAUGGUCAUGCUCGAUGAAUUCCAUAACGAAUUUAACGUGAUAGUUAAAAAAAAAAAAAGGUAAUCAUUUUUUUAUUAUUUUUUUUACCCCACGGACAACCCCACAAUAUAAGCCGCUUACGCAAACGUAUUCGAGAUUCUCCGUGGAGCUAUUGUCGAUAUUAUAUUAUUGUACGCCGCCGCUGAGCCGUAAACUUUUCUCCGCGAAAACUUUCAAAGAGUAUUCAUCGUUGUGCACUACUCGUAUAUCGUAUACUUAUGUAUGUAUAUAGAUACAAAGCUAAUACAAAAGUUAUCUCAUACAUAUAACAACUUGUAUCGAUUCUCACAUUUUAUGCAAAUUCGAUAUAAAUUAUAAUGUUGUUUUCUGACUUGGCAUUUUGAAAAAAAAAAAACAGACAAAGUAUUCGUAUAAAAUAUGUAAAUAUAAUGGAUUUCGAUUUCCAUUAAACUGGCAUUUUUUUUUUUUUUUUUACAUAAAAGUUUUUUCACUUAAAAUAAAAUAUCUAUGUUAGGUAUGCAUUAUGAUCCUUAAAAAAUUUGCCCGUGUAAUGCACCAGUGCCAAUGCAUGCCAUCUACGACGUUCCAAUGAAUUAUUAUAUUUCAUCGUAAUGUCUAAAAUAAUAAAAUAGAAUCUUUUAGACGAGUACUCGGAAAAAAAAUUCAUAUCACGCUAAAAUAUUUACGAAAUUUUAUUUGGUUUCCGAUCCGAAUAAUAAUGUAACCCGUUACUCGUAUAGACUAUAAUAAUAUGAUUGUACCAAAACCAACGUAUAUAGAAGAAUUAUUAUUAUAAUUAUUUUUUUUUUUUAACUGAAACUUAUAUCCAACUUUCCCCCGUCGAAUAAUUGUUACACGAAAGAACAGCUGAGCGAAAGCAGUCUCGAGUUUUUCAGCACUAAAAAUUGUACAGAGUAGGAACCUAUAAAAUUAAUAUUGAUUCGAUCCUUUUUGAUUUCAUUCAAUAAUUAAAAAUAAAAUAGUUUGACAUACUUCGCACUACGGAUAUGCCACUGUCGUAGGUGAAAAAACUUAAAAAGGAUACUAUACAUAAUAUAGAACAAAUAGUAGAGAGAAUGUCAAAAUAAAUAAUUGCAAUAACACAAUUAUUCUAAAAAAAGCUUGGUACCUUGUGGUAUAUAAGGCGGUGAUAUAAAAUACAUUUUUCCUUUUAUAGCUGUUUAAAAAAUAAUCAAAAAAUUAAAAAAAAAAUAUAAAAUCGUCACUAAUUUUCGGUUUUAUUUUUAAGUUUUUUUAAAACUCUUAGGAAUCUAUCAAAUGUUUAAAUAAAGUACGAAAAAUCAUGCAAUAAAAAUAAAGGGCAUUUAUAAAAAAAAGCAAAUACUGUGAACCCCAGUGGAUUGAGAGCGGCCGCUGUUGUAGGUGAAAAUUUGGGAAGGUAGGAUACAUAAGGUUAUUUCAUUUAUAUCUGUAACGAAAGAUAAACCAUUGCUUGACGGAUGAUGGUUCCGAGCGCAGUUCGAUAAUACAUAAUUUGAAUUGUCGUAAUUUUUUUUUUGAUAUUCAUUUAAAUUUGAUUUCAAAACGCUUAUUAAAAAAAAAUCCGACGAAAAAAUGAUUCUGAGUGGAGUUCAUAUGAUUGUGACGCUUAGUCAACAAUAUAUUUUCAAGCCAAUUUAUGCCACUGCAGGGUACUUUAUUCGUAAUAUUUGUACUUUAUUUGUGUGUCGAUGACAAUUUUUCGGGAAACAAUUAAAAAAAAAAAUAUUGGAUUGAAAUGUCCUAUGAUCAACAUCCGAGAAAUUUCGUAAUAAUUCUUCCCCAUUUUAUAUUUACCGUUUUAUUUGUUACACACCAUUCUAAUAAUUUAAUAAUGUAAAAUUUGAAAAUAUCACGUUUUAUUUUUAAAGAUAAAUAUAUAUAUAUAUAUAUAUGUAAAUAUCUUUUUUUUUUAUGUAAAAUAUAUGAACACUAUUAAUUUUCGAAGUUUAAAUUUCGUCUUAAAAAUGAAAAGGUAUACCUAUUUAAUUACGUGAAACUUAAAUCGUUUUUUUUUUUUUUUUGUUUUUUUACGCAACGCGAUGAAAAUAUAUUUUAUCUAAAAUCAUUAAAUUUAAAAACCAAGAGUAAUGAGUGCGAAAUAUAAUAUUAAAGUCACACCUUUUUUAAUGCAACUUUUAAAUAUGUAUAUAUUUUUUUUUUAAUUUUAUGAAAAUUAAUAAACCGCCGCUAUAGCGAACACAUUAAAACUAACCUAAUCUGUAUUCCUUCGCAUAAGUCUGAUAAAUUAUUAUUUUAAGUUUAGAUUUUAUGUAUUAUUUCACACGGCUGAUUUGCUACAUACCAGGUUAUUGAUUCGUGACCAAAAUUCAAUUUCGAAAUUAUUUACAUUACAAGUAGGUAUUCGGUAUUCAUUUUGCUUAUAAAUUAGAAAAUCACUUUAUCAAAAACAAAAUUUUUACUCCGUAGAUUAAUGAAUUAACUAGAUAAGAACCAACUACGGAAAGAAAAUCCUAGCCCCCAGCCUGUACCAACAAAUUCGAUGUUAUUGAUUAACCGAUUAAUUAUCUGUUAAUGCCAGAAAUGAUAAAGAAGUGUGUCGUAAAAUAUUAAAAAAAAAUUGAAUUUUGUUCUAUCAAGACUACCCUGGUUUUUAUUUUUCUACAUAAUUUAUGGUAAACAAAUAUUUCAUAUAUUAUAAUUUGUGAAAUUUCCCCAGGUCAUAUAAUAUAAUUAUAACUUUUUAUUUUAUUUGACUACUUAAAUAUUCUUCUAAGGUUUUUUCUUGUACAUUCAGGUGUUUGUAAAAUAAAAGCCUGAAAAACUUCAGAUCUAAAACUCCUCAUUAUUAUUAGUUUUAUUUUCUAAAUGUUGUAAUGAUUAUCUAUUGAUAUUAUAAUCUUGUUUUGCCGUACCUGCCUAAACCAAAUACUAUUUUCGGAUUUCAUAAUUCAUUUGGCAUCAUCAUCAAUCUAUCUUUUUUUUUUUUUUGGUUUCAGUGAGACUAAUAAUAUAAUAUACGUUUAAAUUUGAUUGUUAUUUGCAUAUAAAUUAGCCGACGAUAUGUUUGAACGAAUUUUGAUUAUGCUUUUAUAAUGAUAUUUUACACUGAAAAAACAACUGCUCCUCGAACUGUAUAUAAUAUUGGGACGUCAUAUUUCAUGGACAUACAAUAUUCAUCAGAGAUUCGUGUGUAUACGGAUUCCCCGAAUACCUAUUAGAUUUAAUAUCAAAAAAUCGUCCUACGACAUGUACACUUUUUUACGAGCGUUCGAUGUUCAAUUUUUAGUCGAAUUUUCACGAGAAAAAUGUAGAGACUAUUACAGCCUACUUCGUUGUAUACCAAUCGUUUUUCCGCUACUUUUGUGCACUUUUGAAAGCUACGACACCAAAUGUGCUUAAACUCGAAAAAUCUAGUUGUACUACUGUUGGAAUAAAGUGAAAAAAUUGGAUUGAAUUCCAAUAUGAAUUUAACCAUGUUGUUAUGGUAAGAUGAUAUUUUUUCAGCUUUAAACACCCAUACACACUCCCUAAAGAAGUCUGGAGAAUAAAAAUGUUGUAUAUGCUUUGCGUUUGUAUUAAGAAAAUACUUUUCAAUCCCGACUAUAAUCAUUUUCAUGCUUCAAUAUUUUAACUAUUUUUUUUUUCUGGAAAUUAUUAUUUAUUUAUUUAUUGUUUUAAAACAAAAAUAGAACUUAAUAUAACUUUUAUAUAUUGCGAAUAUAAUAUAUGGGAAAUAAUAGAUACAAAUGAAUUAUUAUACAAGAAAACAUUUGAUUUUCACGUUAUAGGGCAGAUGUUUCCAAAUUUUUUUAUAUAAAGACUAUGUAAAAAAAAUUAAAUUCUCUUAGCAAGCCAAAAUUAUAAAAACAUGUAUGAUUUUUAAUUAUACACAAACAAUGAAUGAACACAAGAACAAUAAUAUAACAGUAUAUGGUAUUUUUUAUAAUGAUUUAUAAAUUAUUGAUUUUUUUUUUUUAUUUAUGUAAACUAUUAAAUCCAUUUCAAUCCAUUCUCUUUUAUUUUUCCUGCUGUGGUUUACCUACCGGAAAUACUGACCAGACGUCUCGUUAUUGUUGUAGAUGAUUAGUUACGAUUCGGCCCGCGGAGGCGUGAGCAUCGUCACGGAAAAAGGAGAUGUGACGGUCAGCUAUCUGCUCAUACAGGACGCAGUGCAAACGGACUCGGGCAAAUACUCGUGCAAUCCGUCCAACGCAGACGUGUCCAGCGUGGUCGUCCACGUGCUCAACGGUAAGUUGAUUAACGACGUAAUAUAAUCGUGAAAAUUAGAAAAUUACGUUUUCAUUAUGGUACAUAAUUUUAUGGCAAAAAUUACGGUUACCUCUUGGGAAAUGCUAAAAUCGUAGCGGUUAUACCAAAAGUAACCCAGUGCAAAUAUAGCCAAAUACAACCCAUUCUAUAGUCUGCACUCGAGUAUAUAAAAAAAAAUAAACUUAAAAUUAGAAAUAUAAUAAAAUAUAUUUUAUAUUGAAUCGUAGGUUAUAUUUCGACCCAGAGUCAUUUUUCGUACCACCGAACAACAUUAAAUUCUGUAUAGUUAACGAUUAAAGUUCAAAUUUCACAUCGAAACUUUUUGCAUGGUAACGACAAUAUUUAAAUACAAAAUAUUUUUAGCCAUAAAAGUAUCCUUUGUAAAACAACCGCGUACGUUUCCACCAUAUUUUAGAAGGUAAUUGGAACUCGAUUUCUAAAACAGGACACAAUGACCAUUUUUUUUCUUAAUGAUAUAAUUAUUUAUUUUCAUCAUAAGAAGACACGAAUCGAGUGUCAACUGUCAAGUGUAUAUGUCACGAUUAAUGUCGUUGUGUUUAUACUUUUUAGAAAUAAAAAUUGAUUUUGUGUUUUUGAUUUUAAUACUAGAAUGUACAAGCCUGUUAUUAAACUUAAAGUUAAGAACAUUAUCUGAUUUUGUAAGUCGGUUUUUCUCGGUGUUUUAAUUUUCAUGUGAGUUACAAACAUGUGAAAUAUUAUAAUUUAAAAAUCGUCAAAUCUAGAUUAAAAAUUAAAAUAUCAAGAAAAAACCUACGUACAAACACAAACAACAUGCUUACACUUAAGUUAGUUAACAGGCCAAUACACUCCGAUUUUAAAACGAACAGCACAAAAUAGGUUCAAGUGUAAAUAUAAAGACAUUAAUCGAUUUUACGGCAUUCACUAAAACAUGUACACUUGAAUAUAUUACACACAGAAAUUCACAUAAGUUCGAAUAUAGAGUGACGGUAAACCUAGUAAUGAUAACUUUGUAGAGGUUACCUAUAUCUAGUUCGAUCAAACGGAACCAAAAUAACCAUAUUAUGUCUAAGUAAAUCGGACCGUUUGAAGAAGUAAUUGACGUUCAGUUGAAAGUUAUAACUAGACAUUGGACAAGCACUUAACAAUUGAAAGUGUUCAGUUGAAAUCUAGACAGUUAGCAUCCUUACUUUUACUGUAUGUUUAAACGAUAAGAUUUUUAGUUUUUAAACAUACAAUAUUAGUAUUUUCUAAUUUAUUGAUCACUUGUCUAACUAUAAAUGAUUGUAAUCGAUAAUAUUAAUUUGAAUCUGUUAUUCGACCGAAAUUGAUAUUUUUCGAACGUUCGAACAUCACAAAAGAUAAUAGUAUUACAUUGUCUUCUUUAAGAUUCGGAGCGUAGCGUGGAACUAUUGGUUUUACUAUGAUGUGUAUUUUUUUUUUCUGUUUUAAACAACUUUUCGAACAUAAAUCUUUUCCGAUGGAUAGAGUGUACCUCUUCUAAAAUUUAAUUUUCUCUAGCUAGUGCAGGAGAUCAUUUUUUUUUGAUUUUCUUAGUUGUUUUCAAAAUAAUUGUAAAAACCCUGAAAUAAAAUUAUAGGUAAAACCGAACAUAUUAAUGGCGCUCCGUGGAGCUCCGUUUGUUAUUGUUUUUAAUUUUUAUUCACGGUGUUUUCUAUCAGAAAUAUUGUUCUAAUCAAAAAUAUGAUACAAGAUCAAUUCUGUUUCAUUUAAUAUAAAGUUAUUGAUAGGGAAAAAAAUUUAAAAAAGACGGAAAAAAUAAUUAAAUAAUUUUAUGUAUCCUACGUUCCCAACUAUUCACCUACAUCAGUGGCCCCACGCAUCAUCAGUAACAGCUCUUUUUUUUUUAUGUUUACCUUCUAACAUCAAAAUUGCUAAACAUAAAACCUGACAUCUAUCCUUGUUCUUUGCAGCUUCUCUAUAAUAAGAUUUUUCACUCCGUCACCCAUAUAUUUUCCUAAACACAAUCUUUUCACCUUUACUCCUGCAGGUGUCCUUAAAACCUUUUCAUUAUAAUUGUAUGGUUUUUCUUAAUCAUCUUAUUAGAAUCUUAUAGAAUGAUUACUGUUUACAUCAGGCAUAGUCCGCCCACCGCAGUUUUCUUUUAGCUAUCCCUCUAACUAUAUCAGGUCUUUACUGCAUUUGAAUUUCAUUGUGACGUAAUCUCUUUCAUUCAUUGAUUUGGACAUCAAAGACUUGGUUAUAUUUUUUUUCCGAGAACUUUUCUCUCGAAAACCACUUAUCUCAGUUUUUCGACUUUGAUCAGCAGCUAUACGUCUCAGAACAAUUGACCGUAACAAUUUCAUGUACAUCCUAAUUUUAAGUUCUUCGGAAAAAGUCCUUGGUUCAAGAACUUUGUCUAGCCCAUAUUAUAGUACCCUUUCCUCACUAGUAUUAUAUAUAUUGUUGAUAAUACCAUCUCCGUGUUUUAAUAGUUUGUUGAUUUUAAUGAAUUAAAUUGCCAUACGGGCAAUUUCGUACAUGUUUAAUGUUGAUUUUAAUGUUAACUAGAACUAAGUGAGAGGGGUGACAGUAAAGGGGUAACUUUAAUCAAAAGUGAGGAGAAGGUAUUUUCCUACAUUCUUCUGCAUUGUAAUAAAAUAUUUUAAAAAACGAUUGUACAUAAUAUAUGCCAUUAGUAUUCUCAUUAUGUCUCGACGGAAAAUGUUAGGGACGUUUUUAUGUGAUAUUAUUUACAGUAAGUAUACCGGGAAACGACCUGUGAGAAUUUAUUAAAGAUUCAUUGCAACGGAUUCAUUUCAAUCAAACCUAGAGUAUUAUCCGAGCUUCGCCAUUUAACAUAAGCACGUUCAACUUUUCCGUAAAAAUAAUAAGUAUUUAAUAAUUAUUUCUAUUUUCCAUAUCGAAUUUUUUUCAAAAAUUAUCGUAAAUAAUCAAAAUUUAAUUACAGUAAAUAGAAACCUAUUUUGAAAUCUCCCAAUUAGUUGUAGGUUUAUUACAAAUAAAUAAGUGUCGUUUUGAUAAUGCGAUGUCAAAUCAUAAAGGUUAUGUAAAAUUACGUUGCAUAUUGUUAUAGUGCAACAGUAUAUAUCUCAAUUUUUGUAGUUUUACAGUAUAAACAAAAACAUUAUCUAACAACAUUCAUCUCAACAUUUAAAUAAAACAAUUAUUAUCUAAAAUUCUCAGCAGUUGAGACCUAUUGUAAUAGGUUUUGAUGUACACAGUAUAAUCAUAUAAGACUGUAUUCUAGAACUAUCGUAUAUUGUAUUAAUUUAUUAAUAUCGUAAAUAACAGAAAAUAAGAUGACUGAGUCGGCUGAAAAGUGGUUCCCGCUCUCUGAUUGUUACCUUUUCUGUUAUAAAUGGACAUGUAUAAUACUAUACUGUGCAUUAUUAUUGAUAAUAAUCAAAAAAAUUGAACGUGGAUCAUGAUAUUUCAUAAUAUUCGAUUUCAAUUUGAGAGAGAACUUUUGUGACCGAUUAGAGCGUCAUUUUGUAAAUAGAUAGUGUUUUUUGUUUUUGUACUAAUCUAAAGUAAACGAUUUGUUUUGUGUAUAGAGUCAAGCUGUUCUAAUCAAGAUUUGCGCCCCGUCUAUAAUGAUAAUAAUAAAAUGUGUUUUUUUUCCGCAGGCGAAAGUCCGGCGGCUAUGCAGACUGGUUCGGCCGGCCUGUCCAACAGUUCAAUCACGAUACUAUGCGUGAUGAUCCUGAGUUGGACUUUCACCCGGACCGACGAUCAGCUGAGAUAAUAGAUGCGCGAGAUAAGAGUCAUCUUCUCCACGUCGCAUCACCACCACCUGUUUUCUUUGACGAUUGUCGUAACAAUUUUAUCACGGAGAAAAAUGCAAAAAGAAGACAAAAAAAAAACCCGCUCACUGCGAAUAACAAGUAGUGCUGAUUUGGAACGAACUCCAUGUCGCCGAUAAAAAAAAUUCCACUUCACGCAUGUCAUUCGCGUAUAUAUUGUUUUUGUUUCUCCAACAGAGGAUGUCGCUCGGUUUUAUCCCUCCUCGCUAAAAAAAAAAAAUAUGUAAAUAAUAUUGUGUUAUUAUGUCACUGUACAGGAUUUCUCUAAAAUUUACGCCCGUCAUAUUGUGCACCCGAUGACAAUUAUUAUUAUUACCAAGUAUAAAUGGUACACGAUUCAGCGUUCGCACGCGGACGGGUGAUUUUUUUUUUUUUUUUUUGUUGAACGUAUUGGUUAUAAUUAUUAUGUAAUCGGGAAAACUAAAUUUUUUACGAAUCUAUGAUAAUGACUAAAAAUAACUCUCCAGGUAUUGACAGCAUAUGUUCGAUUUUCCUAUCGCGGAACACGGUCAAAACUAUACACUUUUUUUUAUUCCUGGCGGUAUUAUUUAUUUGUUUAGAUUUGGUGCGUAUUUUUUUAUUUACCCUUGCCUGUGUGUACAAAUUUAAAAUGGAUUUUUGAAACCAGACUUAUAUUCGCACGCACAAUGGCAUAUUGUUUAUUUGCUAAAAAUUUAGAAGAAAAAAAAAAUCAAAUAACAUUAUAAACAACAAAAAAAGCCGAAAACAUCCGUUUCGAAAGAAUAAUAAUCGUCAAAAUUCGCGGGUAGGGACUGUUUGAAAUGUUUCGGCGUCGACGGCGGAAAGUGGGCGGGAUAAAAUCGCGUCAUUAAAAAGGAAUGUUAAACCUGAAAAGCGGAAAAACAAUCGUACCGGAAAUGGGGCAAAAUUCUUGUACAUACCGCGUUUACGGUUACAUGAAAUUACGGUAUGCGAGUACCUUCAGGUUUUCGUCGGUGGAUUUCCAAAUUUCAAAUACGGUUUUACGGGCGUCGUUAGCGGUCAGUGGUGGUGGGCGGAGGUGAAGAGUUAUACUCUUUCUUAUUGGUUUAAAAUUACAAUAACCAGUUAAUUUUGUAGUUUUAUCGUUAAGUCAUGUAUUUUAGCCAAAUCCCAAACAACUCGGAGAAAUGAUUGAAUUUAUUGAAAAUCCACUUUUUUAGACCCGAAUUUUAAAUUCAUACUAUCGGUUUAGGCGUAACAAAAGAAGAUUCUACAAUUUAUUCGCGAAUCACGAUUAUAAAUUACUGUAUACAUCCCUUCUCAUUGAAUAUUCUUGGGCACACCACGGUCACAGCGACACACGUCGACUGGACACAAAAAUGCACUAAAAAACUUUUUUAAAAAAUCAUUUGAUUCUCAAAAAAGGAACCAUAACAAAAAAAUAAAACACUUACGAGCUGCAUAUUGUAUAUUGCAUUAGUGCAAAGAAUGAGUUUAUUUUGGGUUUCCCGUCGUUACGCUCAAAUUUCAUCGUUUUUUUCUGAUUAUCGGCGGACCGACCUCCGGCAUCUAUCGUCACUACUCGAAAGUACCUUGGUCCACGGUGCCUUGAAAUUUCACGGACACUCCGUCGUGUGAUUGUACUUUUCUUUUUCUUUUGAUCGCGUUUCGUCUGGUUUUCGAUCGUUUCGGACGUUUGUCCGAAUAAUUCCGCGUUACGCUCGGGACGCCACAUAAAAACGAUCCGGGUAAAACUAACCGAUCAUGACCGAAAAAAUACACUUAAAUUAACGGCAACGGAUGUGUCGUACGGAACACGCAUUAUCAUAAACACAAAACGUUUUUUCCAUUCGUAUAGGCGCAUCACGUUAAAAUUACUGCCGUCGUGUGUGCGCAUCGCGUGAUUUUCGUCUCGUUGACGGCCGAAAAUAACGAUCGUCACCGUUCCUUCUCCCGCCCCGGUGUUUGUAUCGGCAAAAAAAAAAAUAAAAAUACCAGGCAACAUGGGAUAUUUCAAUACAGUUUUAUAAUAACGUAAUGGUUAACAUUUUUUUUUUUUCUGUUUUGACCGUUCUCUUUUACAGUUCGGCUUGUUUAUUUUAGGGAAAUUUACUGGGAAAGCGAUUUGGUUUUUUUUUAUACAUAAUAAAUUGAUUUCAAGUUAAAAAAAUAAAAAGAUAAAAAAAACACGUAGUCGUCGCUCGAAAUAGGAUGUUUUGCGAGAACUACGUUUCUCUUUGCAGUUGUUUUCGAUAACAACUGCUGAUAGAACGCGAAAAUUAGAUCCCAGUGUACAAUAUUAUAAUAAUAUAUUAUUAUUAUGAACUCGGUUUGCCGAAAAGCAAAAACGGGUUUGUGACGUAGUAAGAUAAGACCACGACGAAAUGAUAACUUCACCUCGCGUUCCUCCUUAUUUACGUAUUAUACAUUAUUAUUAUUAUUAUUAUUAUUAUUAUUCCCGUACCGACCGCUUUUUUCUUAUCUCGUUACAACUCGACGACAAAAGCCCCUUUCCGUCGGAAUAUGCGAAUUCAAAUUAAUAAUCGUUCCGAGCAUCAACCGAAAACCGAAUUAAAUACCGUUUUUAGGGUUUAUAUUUUUUUUUUUUUUUUUGGUACCUCCCGCACCAUACCGAUACAACGACAACGCCAUAUCGAAAUGCAGUGGCUAUACAUAAUGUCUAUGUACACUACGCAAUUUCAAACGCUGCGACAAAUACAGGUAGCGGUCAAAUUCAAACGCACGCGUGUGCUCCGGAAAGUCAGAAAAUACAGCCA